GCCUAAUGGAUAGUGUACAUUAGCAACAUGAAUAGAAUUUUGAUUUGAUCGACAAACUAUUUGAACCUGGUUAACUCUUAUCAUAUUUUCAGGAUGAGUGAAGAUUAUAGUGGAUGAUAUUAGUCGGAGCGUUAAAUUGAUGGGUUGAUUAAACGUCAAUCUGAAAACCAUUCUAGUCUACGCACCUUGGUCAGCCAUGUUUAAAAAUGGACCGAAGGAUUACCGUCAUUUAAAUUUGAAGGAAUUUGGUGGACAUAAGGAUGAGGUGAAUUGUGUUGCAUUUUCUGAAGAUUUUCAGAUUAUUGUAACAGGUUCUGAUGAUGAGAGAGUGCGGGUCUUUAAAGCUCGAACUGGUGAAUUUCUUUGCAAACUUCGUGGACAUACAGGUUCAGUAAAAACAGUAGCUAUCUCAGCUGAUAGUAAAUUGAUAGCUAGUGGUUCGUUUGAUAAAACUAUUAGAAUCUGGCAGACUUCAGAUACCCAACUAUUACAUUGUUUAAAGGGUCAUACUAAAAGUGUAGAAGUGGUUUGUUUUUCACCCAAUUCUGAAUUACUGUGUUCAGGAUCUUGGGAUAGGACAGCUAUUAUUUGGCAAGUUGAGUCUGGUCAUCCAUUUAAAAUAUUAUGUGGUCAUGAUAAUCUAGUUCAAUCUGUAGCAUUUUCACCUAAAGGUAUUUUUGUGGCAACUGGUUCAUGGGAUUUUACAGUUCGAGUGUGGAGAAUUGAUGAUGAGCACUAUAAUAAACCAGUCAGUCAUUUAGUAUUAACAGGGCAUAAAGGCAAUAUUCAUUCUGUAUCUUUCUCUAAAGAUAAUGUCUUGGCAUCAGGAUCUUGGGAUAAAACAGUAAGAUUAUGGAACAUUAAGACUGGUAGCUGUAUACAUACCUGUAGUGGACAUAUUGGUUGGGUACAAGCUGUUACCUUCUCACCAGAUGGUACCUAUGUUGCUAGUGCUGGUGAUGAUGAAACAGUUAGAGUAUGGGAUGUUGUAAAUGGCAAGUGUGUGAAGACAUUGGAGGGUCAAACAGAUCAGGCACAUCAAUGUGGAUUUACACCAGGUGGAGCUCUGGUAGCAUCUGGUGCAGCAGUCACUACACUGGCUUUAACAUAAACCUUUGGACUAGGCUUUCUCAAAAACUGAUAUUACUUUUAACAACAGCAUGUAUUGAACUUUGUAUUAUAUGUUAUUCUUGCAAGCAAAUUUAAUUUAGAGUUAAAUGCCAUUUUUAUUUGCCUACAAGUUGUCAUACACCGUAUUCUAUGCAGGCCCUAUGUUUGCCCUAUUUUUUGAAAAAGCUUAUCCCAAGUUUUUU